CCCUUUGGCAAACCAGCACUCAGCCUUCAUGCAGUCCAUUUUCAUCACUACUUUCCUCUUGGUGUUUUGUUCCUUAAAUGCUGGAAGCUAUGAGCACAAUGAGCACCCAAAGCACAUGAAAGCGGAGUUUUCCUUCACUCUGUACCAGCACUUAGCAGAGCUGGAGAAUAGAACUGACCUUCUCAUUUCCCCAGCAAGCAUCUCACUUGCCCUGGGACUUCUUCAGCUUGGAGCCAGAGGGAACACUUCUGCACAACUGGAGCAUGCUCUGGGAUACAACAACCCUCGUGAUCAACGUGUGCCCACGCUAUAUAAAGAUGGGACCAACUCAAGCCGAGAGACUGUAGCCCAGCUGGCCUGUGCCCUCUUUAUUCAUACGGGAACAUGUCUUUCACCUCAGUUUGUUCGAUAUGCUGCACUUUGGGCAAAUGACACAUUGCGACAUGCUAACUUCAGUGAGCCUAACAGAACUGCAGCUCAGAUAAAUGAAUGGAUUGCCGCAAACACCAGAGAUGGAGACACAAACUCCCUGUCCUUGGAAACUAUUGAUUCCCCUCUUAACCAGAUAGCUUUGGUGAGCACCAUGUACUUCAAAAGCACUUGGCAAAGGAAGUUCACCUUUACAGAUACUCAGCCUUUGACUUUUACCAUCACAGAGGGUUUCACCCUGAAAGUGCCAACUAUGUAUCUCAGAGCUGAAGUGAAUUAUGGGGAGUUCCUGACAGACCAUCUGGAAUGGAUCAGUGUGGUGGAAUUGCCCUAUUUGGGGGAGGAUGUCAGCAUGUUUGUGAUGCUACCAUCUGACAAGAGAGCAUCACUAGCCCAGACUGAGAGGCACCUCACAGCCAAAAUCUUCUCAGUGUGGUCCAGCAGCCUGAGGAGAACAAGGAUGGAUAUAUUUCUCCCAAGGUUCAGAAUUCAAAACCAUUUGGACCUAAAAAUGGUUUUGCCUGCAUUAGGAAUUACAGAUAUGUUUGAUCCAACUCUGGCAGAUUUUACAGGUAUUUCAGAACAGGGGAGCCUGUUUAUCUCAGAAGCCUUCCACAAAGCAAAGAUUGAAGUGACAGAAGAUGGUACAAAGGCAUCAGGAGCUACAGCUAUGGUGUUGCUAAAACGAUCCCGGGCUCCUGUCUUCAAAGCUGACAGACCUUUUAAUUUUCUCCUUAAGCAAGCCAGUACAGGUUCCAUUCUCUUCAUAGGAAGACUUAUGAAUCCCACAGAAUAAGCUUGUCAGAUCCACGCUUUCUUCCACAAUCAGCAUUCUCAUAGG